GAGAGUCAUGAACUUGCCAAAGGCCGUUGUCCUUAAGUCAUCAACUGCAUUCUUAACCCUUUGAGGUCCGAGGUCCUUUCCCUGUUUUUGUAGGAACUUCUUUCCUUCUCCAGCAACAUGAGGCUUUUCUUGUGGAACUCGGUCGUGACGCUGUUAGUCACUUCUUUGAGUGGGGCUCUGAUCCCUGAGCCAGAAGUGAAGAUUGAAGUGCUCCAGAAGCCGUUCAUCUGCCAUCGCAAGACCAAAGGAGGAGAUUUGAUGUUGGUCCACUAUGAAGGCUAUUUAGAAAAGGAUGGCUCUUUAUUCCACUCCACUCACAAACAUAACAAUGGUCAGCCCAUUUGGUUUACCCUGGGCAUCCUGGAGGCUCUCAAAGGUUGGGACCAGGGCCUGAAGGGAAUGUGUGUAGGAGAGAAGAGGAAGCUCAUCAUCCCUCCUGCCCUGGGCUACGGAAAAGAAGGGAAAGGUAAAAUACCACCCGAGAGUACACUGAUAUUUAACAUUGAUCUCCUGGAGAUUCGAAAUGGACCGAGAUCCCAUGAAUCGUUCCAAGAAAUGGACCUUAAUGAUGACUGGAAACUCUCCAAAGAUGAGGUGAAAGUGUACUUAAAGAAGGAAUUUGAAAAGCAUGGUGCAGUGGUGAAUGAAAGUCAUCAUGACGCUUUGGUGGAGGAUAUUUUUGAUAAAGAAGAUGAAGACAAAGAUGGAUUUAUAUCUGCCAGAGAAUUUACAUAUAAACAUGAUGAAUUAUAGGGAUAUAUCUGCUUAUUUUAUAUAGUAUCCAUUCUUAAAGAGAGGGCAUCCAUCUUUAAAGAAAGCCUUAUUUUUUGUCAUUAUUUGUUCUGUUCUUUGUUUUUUUUUAUUUUUAUGUAUUUUUCUGAAUGUUAUUUAAAGAACCCCUUGGGUUUCUAAGUACCCAUUUCUUUCUGGUGAGUUAUAGGGAAGAAAAAUGUAUUUGUCUUUGACUAAGAACAAUUCUGGACCAUUUUCUACUUUCACAUAUGAAGUGUUAGGGCUCACUUGUAAUUUUAAAAUAUUGCAACUGGGACCAUGCCCAACAUAAGGGCAAGGAUAGCAUAAAUCAGCACCCUCCGUUUCUGCUUCCCUCUGUUUUCUCUAAGGUAGAUACUGACAUUUGUAAAGCCUUUUACAAUAGCCCAAAUAGCAAAGCUUGCUAUUUUCGUGUGAUAAUGAAACAGUGUGUCUGUGCCUGCCUUUGAGCUAAUGCAUGAACAAACAGGAAAAUGGUUGUUGAACUCUACUUGUAACUGUUAAGUUACUGCUUUACUGAGGAGAUGUGCAAUGCUAAAAUGA